AUGAACGAUAAAGGCUUUGUCGAAGAUGCUAUAAGGCCUAGGCUGACCUGCACACUGAAGUAUCACAAAGAAGAAUUAGCGACAGAAGAGCAAGAAGUUAUGGACCAGCUUUACCGCGGCUGGUUGCAUUACUGGAACAAGGAGUCGCGCGAAGACUACCACAAUGGAAUGGUGGGCGCUCGACGAUUCUAUGAUUUUGAUGACAUGCUCAGCUACGACAUGUUCGGCAACACCAUCCGGGGCAGCUUCAAAGAGCACUUUGACUCCAUCUUCCCGUAUUGGAACGACGGCAAUAUGGAGUACAAGGACAUCGAGAUCACAGCUCUGUCCAAAGAGUAUGCCUAUUCCACCAUGAUACAGCAUACUUGGGGAACAGCUGGCGGUGUGCCAUUUGACACAGCUUUUAGAAGGACGGGCAUCGCACGGAAGAACGCAGAUGGGCAGUGGAAGUGGAUUCACGAGCAUCUGAGCUUCCCCACCAAUAUGGCCACCAAGGCCGCUGACUUCACCAGCUCGCUGGAUCCCCUGAAGGCGACCAAGAUGGAAUAA